AUGGAGCCCCCGCAGUUAUCCUCAAAUGGCAAUCGUCAAUCUCAGUCUCCCAACCGCGAAUCGACAAACACCAAGGGGAAACAUGAGAACCCCCAAAGAGCAUCACUAGCGACGGUUGCAGAGCUUGACUAUGAUGGUAGAAUGUUCUACGAUAUUUUAUUGACACCGCGAACAACGCUCCUCAAGAGCGAUGAGUUACGGAAAAAAAGAUUGUCAAAUGGUGUUUGUCAUGAUUCUCAUCCCAAUGGCCAUCAACCCCGAGCCUCCAGAGCUAUGCCCACGACAUUAAAUGAAUUACAGUCCUGCAUGGAGAAAGAAAAGCAGGGUCAAAAGAUGAUGGUGUCGAAUAUAAAUGGAUAUUCCGCAUCUGAUUUGGACCUAAGUCUGAACGAGCGCAAUGCAGCAAAGAGCUCUAGCCCAAACAACUUGACAGAUAUACAGGUAGCCCCUCUCAAAGAACCACCCAAGUUGCGAACAACUCAGCUUAGCCAAACAAAGAAGAGGUCGAAACUCACACCAUUGAAACAUCCGAGCUGCGAGGCGAUGGCCGCCAACAAGCCUAGGAAGCAAAAGGGUAAAGAAGAGGUGGAUAAACCAGCAAAUAAGAAUUGCUUAACCACAUCAGAUCAAGAUAUGCUACAAAAUGGAUCUCUCGACAAUGGCUACUCGUUACCGAAUAUACAGGUGGCAAAUCGCAAUGGUGAAGGUUUAAGUAUCCUAGCCGAAGUAGCAGUAGAUGCAGCAGUAGAAAUAUUGGAAGCGAUGAAAGCAUCAGAAGAGAAAAAAGAAUCUUUGCUUCUUGAGGGUACCAAAACUGAUAUUCAGAGCUUGCCGGGAGCCAUGGAUGUGGUAUCACCUUUGAGUACAGAAGGUACGAAGACAACCACGAAGACAAUUUCCGAGCAACAUAACAAGGAUACGCAAGACAGCGCAUCCAAGGGUCUAAAUAAAGAUGAGGCACAACCAACUAGCUCUACACAAGAGAACGUCGAAUCCGUUGUUGUAAAAGAUAUGCCUAGCACUAUGCAUGGGUUAUCACAAGCGAAUAGCCUCCACGAGCCAACAUCAACGCGUGAGAUUAGUUCGUCCAAUCAUGGUAUCCAAAACCCUUUAGAAGUCAAACGGUCUGAGAAGGACACGCUACGAGGGCCAGAACAAGAUGCAAAGAUAGAUGAGUCCCUCGGGGGAAAUGGGACGCCUCUAAACGAACGUAGUAAGAAGAGCGGAAGUAUAAAGGACAAGACGAAGGAAGAGGAAGAAGCGAUUGCGGCCGAAGAGAGCAAAAAGAAAGAGAAGAAUGCCAAGAAAAGAGAGAGAGAGAAGAAGAAGGCCCGGGAACAAUGGGAGAACAAGAAAAGAAUGGAACAAGCUAAGCAAGAGCUUAAGGAAGCGAGGAGGAGAGAGCAAGAAAAGGCAGAGCUGAAGAAGUUAGAGGAGACCAAGAAAAAACUGGAAGACGAGAUACAUACGGCCGAGCAACCGGAAGAUAACAAGACUCAAAAGGGCGAAGAAGUUCAGGAACAUCAUUACCCUGCGACCCAAAGAGAACAAGAACAGGUUAGCCGUGGUGAGGCCAGCCAUAGUGAGAUCCAAGUUAGAGGGGAAGAUGAGAAAUCCGGAGGUGUUAGGCAAUGUCUACAAAAGGUCAGAGAGCAGCAAGAGAAUGAGCCUCUAAAGAGCUACCAAAGUGACGACGAAAUUAACUCGUCUUCCGUCCAAAAAGUCCGCCACGGGACCAAACCACCAGACCGAGAAGGGGAGGCUGAGCCUACCUCGACUACUUACGUUACGGACGAGAGCAAGUUAAGGGAUCCAGAAGAAACAGCAGAGACAAUUAUGGGGAAGAGUCCAAAAUCUAGAAAGGAUGUGGACGAUGCUAAGAAUUUAUCUAACGACGCACACAACCAACUCGAGUAUCAGCAAAUAUCCGACUCUCAACCCCUGUCAUCACCCACACGCUUUGAAUUUAGAAAGCUGUCACCGUCUCCUGGUUUUCUACGGCAACUUGAUAAACGACCAGACUCACCUCCACUUCUUACUGAGCUUCAGUGCAAUGACCAACCUCAGCAGCAAAGACUUACAAUAGGCUCUUCCCAAAUCGAGCCUUCUCAGCCAUCACUUAUCCCCCAACAGCCAGUUCAGCAUCAAACAUCCAAAACACCCCCACGGUCCCAAUCUCAAAGUUCCCGACCACCGGGGGCGUCUCAGACGCCUCCAACUUUACUAAACCUCCUCAGAGGAUCAAGUUCCGAAGGAGAAGUGGAGCAAGCAUUACCGAGUACCAAGACUGACCGACCGUUCGAGACUGAUACUCAACGGCAAUCUUUCGAAGUACAGUAUCAUCAACCUUCAAAGCCCCAGUACUAUAAUGAACCCAUGCAGAUGAAUAUAAAUGGCGGGAACGCCUACCAACGCUACCCACCCGGGCAGACACAGCAGCCGUUGGCACGAUCUUCGUAUUACCCCACAUUGGGAGAUGAGUAUCAAGAAACGUCUCAUUCCCCGGGUUCAACAAGUUGCCAACUUUGGAGUAGUGUAGCGGAACCAUCUAUUAGUUCUAGAUCGGAACUAGAGGCAAUGCUGAGCUAUCCUCACAACAUCAUAAGAGCACAGGGACAAGCGAACGGGCGGACUGAUAGGCAACCGAACUGGCAAUCGAAUGGAGAGGGGAACGGAGAAGCAAACCGACAGUGCAAUGAGCAGGGGAACGGGCACGAGGGUCGGCAAGUGAACGGGCAAGUGAACGGGGAAGUGAAUGGAUGGACACAGACAUACCAGCCUGGGCACGGUAGCCGGCAGAGGGAUUAUGCCGGUCAAGAUUUCUCGACUGAUAGCCAGGGAAAUAGGGACAUGGCCACAUGCCGAUGUACUCGCAGAUGCACCGCAGGAUGCCCUCGCGGUCGAGCCAGCCCUCCAAACUCUCGACAUACAGAUCGUGAAUAUGAUAGGCGGGGCAGGCAAGUCAGGCAAGUCAGGCGAGAUGAAUCUUAUUCUGGGUUAACAGAACAUGAGGUUGAAGACAUGGCUUGGGAGUUGAGUGUUAUCAGUCGACGGGUGCAAAACAUCGGGACUCGGUUGCCUCGGUUGCGACCUAGCCCGACAAGAAGGACUUAUGGUUCGGAGAAUGAGCAUAAGGGUGGCUAGAAAGUUGAGUUAUAGCGGGUGUCAGUAUUACUAAGAUUCUACAAGUAAUUCAGCGUAGGAAUGAUACAAGUGUUUUUCAAGACACAAGAUAUUUGGGAAUAAGUGUGUAUUGUUGAAAGAAAAAAAGGGGGAAUACCCCCCUUUUUAGG